AUGUCUCUGAGUGAGAACGAGGAUUUUGCCUAUGAAUCUACAGUGCACAGCACUAAUAUCUUGCUUAGCUUCAACGACCAACGAAAAAAAGAUGUGCUAUGCGAUGUCACCAUCUUCGUGGAGGGCCAACGAUUUCGUGCCCACCGGGCCAUGCUGGCAGCAUGCAGCAGUUAUUUCCAUGGGAGAAUCGUCGGCCAGGUUAAUGCCGAAUUUAACAUCACUCUACCAGAGGAGGUGACAGUUAAAGGAUUUGAACCUUUAAUUCAAUUCGUCUACACUGCUAAGCUUAUUUUAAAUAAGGACAAUGUGGAUGAAGUACGCAAGUGUGUGGAGUUUCUAGGUAUACAUAAUAUUGAGGAAUCCUGCUUUCAGUUUUUCAAAUUUAAGUGUUCGAACUCCACUGCAGACCAACCAGAAUACCCAAGAAAAAAAUGCUUUCCAGCACACUGUCAAAAAACUGACCUUAAAUUUUCACUUUUGGAUCAAAAAGAUCAAGAAAUUAAUGAAGUGGAGGAAUUUCUGGAAAAUGAGAAUGUUCAGAUUCCUCAGUGUAAACUCAGCCAGUACCAAGGAAAUGCAAAAGUAUCACUUCCUUUACAAGACAGUGCCAGUCAAACGUGCGAGUCUGUGUGCUUAGAAAAGGAUGGUACUCUUCCUCUGCCAUCUUUAUGUCCUAAAUACAGAAAAUUCCAAAAAGCGUUUGGAACUGACAGAAUCCAUACCAUGGACUCCAAUGUCAAAGACAUUCAGGUUUCUUCUGUUCAGCCAAGUGAGACAUCUGAAGAUGAAUGUCUAGGAGCAGUCCAGGAGUGUGCAGAUUUACAAGUGGUUUUAAAAUGUGAAGAAGGUAAAACACCAGCAGAACAUGAAGAAAUGAAGAAAGAUCCUGCUUCUGAGUGUCCAGCAGUAAAAGCAGAAGUGACUCCUUUCCCUCACAGUUCUUCCACAGAUCCUCCUGGGCUCUAUUCUCUGUCUCUUUUACACACAUAUGACCAAUAUGGUGACUUGAAUUUUUCUAGUAUGCAGAACACAACAGUAUUAACAGAAAAGCCUUUAUCAGGUACAGAAGUCCCAGAAGAGAAAGCAUUUGGUGGAAGUCAAGAUGUACAUUUGAAAUCUGACUCUGGGCCCAGGGAAGAUAGUAACCUUACCUCUAGCGAUAGGAGUAGUGUGGAACGAGAGGUGGCAGAACACCUUGCUAAAGGCUUUUGGAGUGACAUUUGUAGCACAGACUCUGCUUGCCAAAUGCAAUUAUCACCUGCUGUGGCUAAAGAUGUUCCUGAACAGAUCUAUUCACAGAAACGAUUUGAGUGUCCCUGGUUGGGUAUCAGGAUCAGUGAUAGCCCAGAACCAGGUCAGAGGACUUUUACAACAUUAAGGUCUGUCAAUUGCCCUUUUAUAAGUACUUUAAGUACUGAAGGAUGUUCAAGCAAUUUGGAAAUUGGAAGUGAUGAUUAUGUUCCGGAACCGCAACAGGAACCUUGUCCAUAUGCCUGUGUGAUUAGUUUGGGAGAUGACUCUGAGACGGAUACAGAAGGAGACAGUGAAUCCCUUUCAGCCAGAGAACAGGAGUGUGAGGGAAAACUUCCAUUCAACGAACAACGAAUAAUUUCACUCUCUCGAAAUGAUUUUCAAUCAUUGUUGAAAAUGCACAAACUGACUCCAGAACAACUGGAUUGCAUCCAUGAUAUUCGAAGAAGAAGUAAAAACCGAAUUGCUGCACAGCGUUGCCGCAAGAGAAAACUUGACUGUAUACAGAAUCUUGAAUCAGAAAUUGAGAAGCUGCAAAAUGAAAAGGAGAGCUUGCUGAAGGAAAGAGAUCACAUUUUGUCAACUUUGGGUGAGACAAAGCAGAACCUAACUGGACUUUGCCAGCAAGUCUGUAAAGAAGCCGCUCUAAGUCAAGAACAAAUUCAGAUCCUCGCCAAAUAUUCAGCCUCAGAUUGCCCACUUUCAUUUUUAAUUUCUGACAAAGAAAAGAGUACUACUGAUGGUGAACUGUCACUGAUGUUACCAUCAAUUUUUAGCUUACCUGAUGGACCGCCAGCUGUGCUGCCUGCCAGUGAACAAAGCUCUUGUUACUCUAAUGCAAGAGACAACAAGGAAUCAGGCUGUGAGCGCGUACAGGAGUUACGCCAGACGUGCACAACUGCCUCUGAGCACACCAGGCUUGAACAGUGUCGCCAAAGUGGAGGCAUCUCAGAUUUCUGUCAGCAGAUGACUGAUAAGUGUACUACUGAUGAGUAA